CGGGAAGGCCGGAUCUCUCCUACCAACCCACCAGCGGUUCGGGGCCAUGGAGGAUGUGAAGCUGGAGUUCCCCUCCCUCCCGCAGUGCAAAGAAGACGCCGAGGAGUGGACCUACCCUAUGAGACGUGAGAUGAAGGAAAUUUUACCUGGAUUGUUUUUAGGCCCAUACUCUUCUGCUAUGAAAAGCAAGUUACCUAUGUUACAGAAACAAGGAAUAACCCAUAUAAUAUGUAUAAGACAAAAUAUUGAAACUAACUUUAUUAAACCAAACUUUCAACAAUUAUUUAGAUACUUAGUCUUGGAUAUUGCAGAUAAUCCAGUUGAGAAUAUAAUACGUUUUUUCCCAAUGACUAAAGAAUUUAUUGAUGGGAGCUUACAAGCUGGAGGGAAAGUUCUUGUCCAUGGAAAUGCGGGGAUCUCCAGAAGUGCUGCCUUUGUUAUUGCAUACAAUAUGGAAACAUUUGGAAUGAAAUACAGAGAUGCAUUUGCUUAUGUUCAAGAAAGGAGAUUUUGUAUUAAUCCUAAUGCUGGAUUUAUCCAUCAACUUCAGGAAUAUGAAGCCAUCUAUCUAGCAAAAUUAACAAUACAGAUGAUGUCUCCACUCCAGAUAGAAAGGUCACUGUCUGUCCAUUCUGGUACUACAGGCAGUUUGAAGAGAACACAUGAAGAAGAAGAUGAUUUUGGAAACAUGCAAGUGGCAACUGCACAGAAUGGCUGACUCAAGAUACAUGAUAUAGAGGAUGUGAAUUUCUGUUUGGGAAAGAGAAAAUGGUAACAACACAAGCAGUUUCUUUUCAAUUAUAUGUUGCUUCCAGGUAUCUCUGCAACUUCAUGAACAACAUUUUGAGAUGUUGGGACUUCCAUAAUAGAUGGCACUGAUAAUGGUUUUACUUUUUUCUUUCUUUUUUUUUUUUUUUUUGAACUUUACAUUUUAUUAUUCUAAACCAAGAAUUUUGGACUUACAAAAGAGGUAUUAUUGUAAUAAUGCACUUUUCAUACUUGAAAUUUAUUUGUAUGAUAUUGUUAUUACUUUAAAAUGAAAUUUAGGGGAUUUGUUUAUAAAAUCUGGAAAGAAAAUUAAUUUUGUGUUCUAUAUAUUGCAUUUAAAAAUAAUCUUACAGUAAAAUUUUAUGGUAGAGCCUCUUACAGAAACAUUAACAAAUUAAACUUCUUGAUCUCUUAAUAUUUAAAUCAUGACACUAGCUAGCUAUCUUUAACAUUAUCCAACUAUUUUUUUCUAUUACCACCCUAAUUUGCUUAUUCUCUAGGUAGAAAAAAACAGGGUUUAAUCAACAAAAAGAUGCUUUUCUUUAUAGAUGCUCAAAACAAGUUUUUUCUUUAUUUCUUAAAAGCCAAAUGUUAAUGCCUUUUCUUUAAAGACUUGCUUAUUAGCCUUUUUUUUGCCCAAACAAUUCUAACUAGAAUAUAAAAAACUGUAAUGUAGCACUAUUUUUUCCUAAAUUCAUCCCCCCAAAGAAAAGUG